GGUAAUUGCCCUGCGUAGGUGUGGAUUCUCACUGCUUCUCCCAGCCCAUCCAAGAUUCCUCAGUCUGGGAGCAGCAUAGGAGAGGAGCCAGCCACUGAGGACUCUUAGGAACGGCAUGGAGAGCAAAUGGAGUGGCUUGGUGUUGAUCAUUUCUGUGUGCCUGGGCUCCUACCAAGCCGGGGCCAGCCCCCUCCACGAGUGCAGCGAGCGGCCGGAGGACUGGUGCCGGGACGCGGCCACCGCGGCCAAGUGCGGGGCGCUGGAGCUCUGCCGGCUCACGGCCUGGGACCGGGCGCUGGGGCAGAAGGGGAUCCCCUGUCACCUGUGCCAGGUGGCAGUCUCUGUGAUGGGCAAGAUCCUGCAGGACAACCGCACCGAGGAGAAGCUGAGGCUGUUCUUGGAUAAGAGAUGCCAGUACCUGCCCUUCCAGGACUGGUCUGUCAAGUGCAAGAGGAUGGUGGACACGGGCAUCCUCGUCCUUGUGCAGCUGGGCAAGCAAGUGCUGUCGGAACCCAAGGUGGUGUGUGGGACCAUCAGGUUGUGCCAGCCCCGGGACAGAGCCACGGGGACCUUGAAGUACCAGCAGCCACCACCAGCUGCCACAGGCCCCACCCAGGACUUUGCUGACCUCAUUGCCCCCUUCAUGGCCAACGUGCCCCUCCUGCUCCAUCCCCAGGAUCUGCCUCACGGCGAGGCCCAGGAGAUGGAGGAGGUGUGUGGGGACUGCCUGCACCUGGUGACGGCCCUGCAGGAGGUGCUGGGGACCAACACUGCCUUCAGCUGGGCGCUGGUGGGACACGCCAAGCGGGUCUGCGAGACGCUGCCAGCCCAGCUGGCACAGCAGUGCAAGCGCUCCCUGGCCGAGUACACGGACACGGCUGCCCAGCUGCUGCACCACCUGGAGCCAACGGAGCUGUGUGGCCAGCUGGGACUCUGUGCCUCCAACUCGGCGCUGCCCCUCCACACGCUGCUCGCAGAGAGGGUGAUGCAGGUCCUGAGCGUGCUGGGGGACAGGGUGGGGAGCACUCCGCUGUGUGACGUGUGCCAGUUCACCGUGAAGACAGUGGAGAGCCUGCUGGAGAACAACGUGACAGAGGAGCAGCUGGUGAACGACAUCGAGAAGGUGUGCUACAUGCUGCCCCACGGCGUCAUCGGGCAGUGCAAGGACUUCGUCAACUCCUACGGCAAGGCCGUGGUGAUCAUGCUGCUGCAGGCCACCGACCCGGCGGCCGUGUGCGCCCUGAUGCGCUGCUGCCCCCGCGGCGGGGACACCCGGCCCGGGGCUGAAUCCCUGGAGCAGCUGGCGGUGAGCGCCGGCGCCUUCUGCAACGUCUGCCAGAUCGUCAUCACCUACUUCGACAACGAGCUGCUGAAGAACGAGACGCUGGAGGAGCUGGGCGAGGUGCUGGAGAAGGGCUGUGCCAUGCUGCCCAUGCCGCUGACCAGCAAGUGCCAGGCGCUGGUGCUGCAGUACGAGCCGGCGGCCGUGCGGCUCUUCGUGCAGAUGAUGGACCCCACCUUCGUCUGCACUAAAAUCAGAGCCUGCGACUCGGGCAAGGAGGAUCUCCUGGGCUCGGCCCCCUGUGUCUGGGGCCCGCAGUACUGGUGCAAGAACAUGGCCACGGCGGUGGAGUGCAAUGCCGUCGCACACUGCCGGCGCCACGUGUGGAACUAGGAGCCGCCUCCCCAGCUGGCUGGACUUGCUCUGCCGUUUGGCUGGGGAUCCUGGCUCCCUUCCCCGGGACGUGCCCGCACUCACAGACGGCAAUGGCAGGAGCCAACCGGCCUCGCCGCGCCGGCGGGGCUGCGGGGAACCCCAGUGGCCUCGGCCGCUUCCUCUUCCACUCCUGGGGCUUGGAUUUCCAAAUCAGGUUAAGGGACUCGUUGAUAUUUUCAGCACUAGGGAUUCAGCCUUGACGUCUCUCAGGGUGGCUGCAAAAUCCCUAACCUCUAUUCCCACCUCUGUCUCCAUCCCCGGUCUCUUCUCCACCUCUCCAUCCCGUUCUGAACCACUCGUACGGCCCAGAUCCUGCAACGUGGAUCUGCCCCCGUGGGCUGGGCUGGGUUCUGCUGCCCAAAUGCUGGCCCCCCACUGCUGGCUGGCGGCAGCCUCACCCGAACAUAAAAUGAAUGAGUUUGGGUGCCAGGAUUUCCUCUGACACCCCCAUCCCUGCUGGGGGCCCUGUGCUGCCCCGGCCGUGGUGGUGAGGGCAGCGGGGUGCUGGCUCGUCCCUCCCCGCCGUGUCGGGGGGAUGCCUGCAGUGCCUGCUCCUGGGCGUGCAUGGGAGCAUCCCACCACAAAUAAACUCUUCCUGUGAGCCUG